AUGAGCUCUCGGGGGUGGUCCGGAGAGGGACUAGGUGAGGAAGCGAGUGAGGGGUUCGGUAAAUGGGCUCCCCCGCUUGAGACGGAAACGCCACCUCCUGCUGAGAUCCGCGAAGAUGAAAACAAAGAGCACGCAGGAGGGUCCGUCGGGAGUGACGUGCGCAAUAGGACUCCGACUGGGGGCGGUUCGAACGUUGGCUCGGAACGCGGAACACCAAGGAGAACUGAAACCCAGACCGAGAGUCGCGAGACUCGAAGGGACAAAGAGGGGACGCUCGGAUCUGAACCUCUGUCUCCAAGAGCGAGAAGGAUGGCCCAGUCGGUGUUGGACACGCCCCAGGGACGAGAGAUGUUCGACCAGCUCCUCGCGCGGAUGGUACGACAACCAGCGCCGGGCGAAGAGCCGCCUCCGGCGAGGACGACGGAUGGUGAGAUCGCGGAAGCCGCGAUGUCGACUCCGAGAGCGCUGCAAGGAGACGCGUUCUCCUUCGAUGCGUCGAGGCCGUCGUUACCACUUGAAAGUGGCAUGCCUAGAAGGCAAGGAAUGCUGCCAGCGUGGUCGGCAGCUCCCGCAACUGAGCCGUCUGCGAGCAUGGGAGGCCUUGGAAUUGGUAGGAGCUUCAGUGGUCAAGGACGAAGUUACCAAACGCCUUCGGCGCACCCUCAAGGGCCUGUAGUGAAUCGGACGCACGACCACGGUGGUAAUUAUGCGCCGAUAGUGGGCAUCCCAACUGAGUUGCGGAACGCGGUGAAAGGGAUCGUUCCAUUUUAUUCCAACACCGCUACGAGUGAAAGGCGGCGGCAUUUUGGUGUUUCUCCGAAAAGCGCACGCUAUGGACGUCCAGAUGAGGUUGACGGCGUUCUAGCAGUGCCUAAAGGGCAAGAUAGGUCAAGUGUGGUGACUCCUGCACAGCUGUGGAGCCGACUCAAGGCUGCCAAAAGGAAGCGUGGCAAGUCUGUCGAGGAGUGGGGCGACCGGAUUUCGACUAUGUGUGAAGCCUUGAACUACCACGAACCUCGUAUGAGGUACGAGUUCUUCUUGGAUGGCCUGUGGAAUAAGCAGAUGAAGGCGGUGUUGAACGCCAGCAUGGUCACGUCGAUUUCCCGAAGCGUGCGCGCUACUGCUGUACAAGAACUUGCAUCUCCCUGUCGAGGAAGAAGACGAGUUCGCUGGCGAGGUGACGGGACAACCGAGGACGAAUCGAGCGGUAUCGACGGAGUCUCAAGUGCUCCAGGAGCUACGCCAGAUGAAUCAGCUGAUGAGAACGCGACAGUUAGGGCCACGAACGCCAAGAGGGCACGUCAGUGCAGUGGCUCCUCCGACUUCUCCCCGAGCCGGCGUUCCAAUUGCGAACGGGAACGCCUCGGGUUCAACACCUGGGUCUCUACGUAUCCGCCUUGGAUCAGACACGCGUACCACCGAGGGUGA